GGAGAUGCAGCGAUGAACUCCGGGGAGGAUGGCGGGUCACGGAGCCCCCGGAGGGACCCGGAGACCCAGGUUACCACCAAAGAACAUGAUUUUGGUUUAGGGGCUCCAGUUUCUGAAGCUGAAAAAUACCAGAAUACUCUCCAGCUGGAACAAGAAGUGAAAAAUCAAGGACAAUUCAUCUCUUCAUUGAAAUUACAGAUUGAAGAUCUCAAACAGACAAAUCAUGACUUGGAGGAAUGUGUUAGGAAACUCUUGGAUAGUAAGGAGGUGGUAAGCUGUCAAGUAGAUGAUUUAACCAGCCACAAUGAGCAUCUUUGUAAAGAAUUGAUUAAAAUUGACCAACUAGCAGAGCAACUAGAAAAAGAGAAAAAUUUUGUGGUAGAUACCGCUGACAAGGAACUUGAAGAAGCAAAGAUUGAACUCAUUUGCCAGCAAAAUAACAUAAUAGUAUUGGAAGAUACAAUAAAAAGGCUUAGAUCUAUAAUUUUAGAGACUGAAAAAGCACAAAAUAAAUCUCCUUCCAGACUUGAUUCCUUUGUCAAGACAUUAGAAGCAGACAGAGAUUACUACAAGAGUGAAGUUCAAAAUUUGAGAAAAAUGAUGAGAAGUAGAUCUAAAAGUCCAAGGCGCCUGUCUCCUACUGCCCGGGGUACAAACUGUGAUGUAGAACUUUUGAAGUCAACAACAAGAGAUCGUGAAGAGCUUAAAUGCAUGCUGGAGAAAUAUGAGCGUCAUUUGGCAGAAAUUCAGGGUAAUGUCAAGGUUCUUACAUCUGAGAGAGAUAAGACCUUCCUUCUUUAUGAACAGGCACAGGAAGAAAUUGCCCGACUUCGACGAGAAAUGAUGAAAAACUGUAAGUCUCCUAAAUCAACAACAGCACAUGCUAUUCUCAGGCGAGUGGAGACUGAAAGAGAUGUAGCCUUCACUGAUUUACGAAGAAUGACCACAGAACGAGACAGUCUGAGGGAAAGGCUAAAGAUUGCUCAAGAGACAGCAUUUAAUGAGAAGGCGCACUUGGAACAAAGGAUAGAAGAGCUGGAGUGUACAGUUCAUAAUCUUGAUGAUGAACGUAUGGAGCAAAUGUCAAAUAUGACUUUGAUGAAGGAUACCAUAACAACUGUGGAAAAAGAAAUGAAAUCACUAGCAAGAAAAGCAAUGGAUACUGAAAGUGAACUUGGCAGACAAAAAGCAGAGAAUAAUUCUUUGAGACUUUUAUAUGAAAACACAGAAAAAGAUCUUUCUGAUACUCAGCGACACCUUGCUAAGAAAAAAUAUGAGCUACAGCUUACUCAGGAGAAAAUUAUGUGCUUGGAUGAGAAAAUUGAUAAUUUUACAAGGCAAAGUAUUGCACAGCGAGAAGAAAUCAGCAUUCUUGGUGCAACCCUCAAUGAUCUGGCUAAAGAAAAGGAAUGCCUGCAAGCAUGUUUGGAUAAAAAAUCUGAGAAUAUUGCAUCCCUUGGAGAGAGUUUGGCAAUGAAAGAAAAGACCAUUUCAGGCAUGAAGAAUAUCAUUGCUGAGAUGGAACAGGCAUCAAGACAGUCUACUGAAGCCCUAAUUAUGUGUGAACAAGACAUUUCCAGAAUGCGUCGGCAAUUGGAUGAGACAAAUGACGAGCUGGCCCAAAUUGCCAGGGAAAGAGAUAUCUUGGCUCAUGACAAUGACAAUCUCCAAGAACAGUUUGCUAAAGCUAAACAAGAAAACCAGUCACUGUCCAAAAAAUUGAAUGACACUCAUAAUGAACUUAGUGACAUAAAACAGAAGGUCCAAGAUACCAAUCUGGAGGUCAACAAGUUGAAGAAUAUAUUAAAGUCUGAAGAAUCUGAGAACCGGCAAAUGAUGGACCAACUCCGAAAAGCCAAUGAAGAUGCUGAAAACUGGGAAAAUAAGGCCCGCCAAUCAGAGGCAGAUAACAAUACUCUCAAAUUGGAACUUAUCACUGCUGAGGCAGAGGGUAACAGAUUAAAAGAAAAAGUAGAUUCCCUCAAUAGAGAGGUUGAGCAAGUAAGUUUGGGAAAGUAUGCUUAUAAUACAUCCUGCAUCAUAUUUAAAAUAGUCUUGCUUGACUUUCCAUAAAUUAAAUAUAUGAACAAACACAAAUUAUUUAAAUAUAUUGU